AUGGAUGACAAGGCAAAAGUAUACAACUCGAGAAUUGAAUCCGAUGCUGCCCCGGAAGCGCAACCCAAAACCGCAAGUAAGGUUAAAAAGGACUCUCGCGGUCUAACUCUCGCCGAAAGAGUAGAGCAACUUGAGGGUGUUCCGGAGAGACCUGAUUUCAAGAUAUCAGCAAUGGACUGCGAAUACAACGUCCAUUCCAGGAUUAUUUGUGCCAGGUCACGGUUUUUCGAAAAGGCCGUGAAAGGAAACUUCGCUGAAUCAAGGUCAAAAAGAAUCCAUCUGCCUGAGGAAGACAUGGAUAGCCUUGAGUUAUUGAUUUCCAUUCUAUAUGGUUUCGAGAUUUCAUACUAUGUAGAGCUUUGGACGGAAGCACAAGAAGACUCCAAUGGAUCGACUGACAGGAUCGAUAAAUCCGAAAGUUGUGUUGUGACGCCCAAGCAUUCGUUGACGGAGAACAAUAAGUGCCCAGGCGUCCCUCAACGCAGCGCAGGUCUUCGCCUGUUACGCUUAUACGCCCUGGUUGACCAAUUCGAUAUCUUCUGGCUCCAGUCCUGGGCAAAAGAAACGGUGCUCAUUUGGACCAAACAAAUGUCCACAGAGGCAGCAUCAUUGAGGUUAUUCGGGAUAUAUACCGAUGCGAAUCCGGCAACUACACCGAACUCAUGGACGGAAUUUCUGCGAUUAUUAUGGACAAUGUAG